CCGACAUACAACGAUGCACCAGAAAGUGGUCAAGCACCAGUAUCCGCUCAUCGACCAGGACCCGCAUGCCUCUCGGGUCGUCCGCUACAUGCGGCCCUCUGACUACGGCUACUGGGCAGCGGGUACUGCUGGCUUUCCCGGGCUGCUCUACCUAUGGCAAUACGUCGACCCGGUGAAGACCACGCCACAGGGGAUGCGAACGCUUAUGAGGCUGGGCGGCCUCUUCGGGUUCGUCGGCGGGUUCAUGUUCGCAUACCAGCGGUCAAGCAUGCGCUUCUGGGGCUGGACAGAAAACAAGCGCGAGGAGGAAUUGGACAUGAAGGAGAUGAAGCAGCGCCUUGCGGAGGGCAAGUCCCUCUACGGCGAGAGCGAUCAACCGGAGUGGAUCCAGGGAAUCGCUGCUCGAUACUCGACCUUCUCCCAGCUCAAAUUCCAGGCGUUCCCCUGGUUCAACUUGGUGAACCACCCCUACCACGGCGUGGACCCAGCCAAGUAUGGCGCAACGGCGGAAGACAUCACCAAAUCGAAGCCUCCAUCCCAGUAGACGCUUCUACACCCCAUGACUGCCGCCUGUUAUGUAUGUUCCCCGUUGCGAAUGAUAAUGGAGGUUCCUCUGCC